AUCCUCUCAAUAAAUUUAAAGAAAAUUCAUUGAUAUAAAAACAAUGGAGGGACAAAAUAUCCAGAAAGAGACUGCAGAACUUUUUUCAACUAUUUCCAAAAGUUUCGCAAGGCUAGCCGAAAUCAUGAGAGGAGAAGCAUCUGAAGAUUCUUUUUCAACAAAGGCUAAAGGAAAAUCAACUAAAUCUUCGAAGAGUGAGAAGUCCAAGAACGAGAAGGCACCUAAAGGAAAGAAACAGAAGAAGAGUAAAGCUGAGAAGGAUCCUAAUGCACCUAAGAAGCCUCUUACCGCCUUCAUGCUUUACACGAACAAAAGGAGGGAAGAAGUCAUGAAGGAGAACCCAGGGCUAAAGAUCACUGAAAUAUCUUCCAUCAUUGGGAGAGAAUGGAAGGAACUUACUGAAGAAGAGAAAGAUAUAUGGAAAGAGAAGCAUAAUGAUGCCAAGCUUAUAUAUGAGCUUAAUGUCUUCAACUACAAAAAGGGCAAAGGUCAACUUGUUGAGAACGAACCCACUUAUAAAAGUAAAAGCAAAGGAAAUGCUGAAGGUCAGAAAUCCGCCAUGAAGACAAUGUCAGGAAAGAAGAGAAAGAAGUAUAGCGAGGAUGGCAGCAGUAUAGAAUCAUCAAGUGAAGAGGAGGAAAUUAAGCCUAAGAGACAUAAGGCUAAAUAAAGCAUGAA